GGGCGCGCCCGAAGGAAGGAAGGCAGGAGAAAGGAAGCUUGCAGUCAAGAUGGAGACUGCUAGUUGCUCCGCUGCUGCGGCGGGGAACGGGAACGUGGGGUCCCAGAGGGACCGGAGCCUGGUGCCUGAGCGGCUUCAGAAACGAGAACAAGAGAGGCAACUGGAGGUGGAAAGGCGGAAGCAAAAGCGGCAGAACCAGGAGGUAGAGGAGGAGAAGAGCGACUUUUUCGCCGCCGCCUUUGCUCGGGAGCGAGCAGCCGUGGAAGACCUUCUGGAGGGCGGGGAGUCGGUCGAGCAGCUGGAGGAGGCGGCCGCUCGGCUCCAGGGGCUGCAGAAACUUCUCAACGACUCAGUUUUGUUCCUGGCCGCCUACGAGCUGCGGCAGGGACAAGAGGCGAUGGCGCGGCUACAGGCGGCCCUGGCGGACCGGCGCCAGCAACUACAGCCCAAGAAGCGUUUCGCUUUCAAGACCCGAAGGAAAGACGCAGCUUCGGCCACCAAAGUAGAUUGUGCGGCUCCUGGCGCCCCUGCGGCGGAAGGCAUCCAGGCCUCCUCGCCGCCCUUGAAGGGGGAGGGAGGCUUCGGCUCCAGCUGGGUCUGCGGUUUCUCCAACCUCAAGUCCCAAGUCUUGGAGAAAAGAGCGGAGGAGCUGCACCAGCAAGACGUCCUUUUGACCGAACUGAGCAACUGCAAGAUCAGAUUGUAUGGCAAUCCGAACACCCUGCGGCUGACCAAGGCCCGCAGCUGCACGGUACUCUGCGGCCCGGUGUCCACCUCUGUGUUCCUGGAGGACUGCAGUGAGUGCGUGCUGGCCGUGGUCUGCCAACAGCUCCGCGUACACACUACGAGAGACACCCGCAUCUUCCUGCAGGUGACCAGCAGGGCCAUCGUGGAGGACUGCAACGGGAUCCAGUUCGCCCCUUACACCUGGAGCUACCCGGGGAUCGACAAAGACUUCGAAGGCUCUGGUUUAGAUAGGAACAAAAAUAACUGGAACGACGUUGACGAUUUCAACUGGCUGGCCCGGGGUGUGGCCUCUCCAAACUGGAGUAUUCUUCCUGAAGAAGAGCGAAUGAUUCAGUGGGACUAAGCAAUUAUUACGCUUUUUCUUCUACCAAAUUCUUCCCAUAUGGGACUGACUCCAACUAAUGGGACCCCAAAGUUUUUUUUAUUGUCACACUGUAUGUUUUCAGUGUAAGACUUGAAAUUGUGAUAGGCUCCUGUUGGUGAUUUCCAUUAAAUUCAUGACAGGUCUAACACUUGAAAGCAUUUUUGCUAUUUUGGUAAUGCUUGGGAGGUAGUAUUUGAUUGUUUGAAGCCAUGGAGGGAAAUGGUGUGGGUUUUUUUGAUUUGUGGUAUUUACAAUGUAUUGCAUGAUAAAGCAGGCCUUCAAUAAAUAUUUGUUGAAUAAACGAA